AUGACAGAAACAACAACACAAAACGCAUCAGUUCCAUCAUUAAUGAUGCAAAAGCUACCAGUGGUUCGCUUUAAUAUCGAUAAACAAUGUCCUAUUCAAUAUGUCACUGUCUACAACGAUCGGGCAGAAGUCACACGAAUUCUACGACAUCAUUUUGACGACGCAGGCACAUAUGAACUUGUACUCGAUGGGUUUUCUACAUUUGUAGAUGAGACAUCGUUGCAUGUCAGUGGGGGAACAGGUAAAUCGUGCACCAUUCUCGAAGUAUCGUAUCAAACACGAAAUGAACAGGUCACUCCACCAUCAGACUUGUCAUCUCUCGACCAACUUCAAAGUCAACUAGAGAAUAUUCUCACUGAAAUAAAGAUACAUAAACGCGAAUUAGCAAGAAUCGUCAAACAACGUGCCUGGCUCGAUGGACGCUCUACCAAAUUAAUGAAUCAAGAUGGACCAAUGACGAGUAGUGAUCUAGACAAUAUGCAACAAUUUCUCGAGUUCUAUCACAAAACACUAUUGAAACUCGAUGAUCAAUCAGCGCUUGAAGAAGACGAAAUCAAGAAAUUAAAUGAUCGCCAUGAAGCUUUAAAUUCUCAAAUCAAUCAACAUGGCGCUACAGCUCAAGUGAAUCAACGAAAAACUUGUCGAGAAAUGACGAUCACCGUUCAUGUUGCUGAUGGUAACAUUGAUGUGGCACUCGAAAUAUCCUAUUUGAUUGGUAACUGUUCCUGGACUGCUAGCUAUGAUGUUCGAGUGAGUAGUGUCGAAGCAAAUCGACAACGAACACAACUCACCUAUUAUGGAAUAAUUGUAAACAAAAGCCAGGAAAACUGGUAUGAUGCAAAUUUUUCAUUGUCUACCGCAACACCAUCUUUGGGUGGAACUCCACCAAAGUUAAGUACACUCAAAAUCGAUUAUUACAAAUCACCGCCAUUGGCUUAUCACAAGCAAGGCUUUAGAUUACAAAAUUUGAGUAUGAAUGAUUGUACUCUUGCAAAAGAGUCUUUUAUGUACAAGAGUGGCAGUGUUCAAAAGAAACGCUCGAAAGGUGCAUUUAUGUCGAUUCGAGGUAAAUCCUCUCUUAACUAUGACCCAACUAUCGAAGACGCAGACGAAGACGAUGAAGCUUCUGAGACUCAAGUCAAUGUUCUCACAUCUACAACUGAGGCCAGUAUGUCUAGCACGAGUUUUGUCAUUCCUCGCCGAUCAACAAUCGAUUCUGACGGAAAACCACACAAAGUCACUAUUGGCGUUCUAGAUCUCACCUCAACGUUUACAUAUACUGUUGUACCAAAACUGUCACUUCAUGCCUACCUCAAAGCAUCAACAGUAAAUACAUCCGAUAAACAACUUCUAGCUGGACCAGUAUCUGUCUUCAUGGACAACAAUUUUAUUACACACAGUUCGAUCGAAAAUGUUUGCAUUGGUGAUACAUUUGAUCUACCGCUUGGUACGGAUGCUAGUGUCAAAGUGGAAUACAAACCAGUAAAGAAAAUGGUCGACAAGCAAGGUUUCAUUUCGAAAGUUCAUCAUGAGACCGUUCAUCAUGAGACUCAUAUUGUUAACACGAAAGCUACUGAGACCACAGUGUUCGUCUAUGAACAAGUACCUCUAUCUUCGGAUGAGAAGAUCAAAGUGAAGUUGAUUACACCAGAUAUACGACAAAAAGAAGUCGGACGCAACUGCACCGUAACAAUGAACGAUAAGAACAACUUGGAAUGGAAAUGUGUUUUACAAGCGCGCGGAGAAUAUCGAUUUCCUUUAGAAUUUGUGAUGGAAUGGCCAAGAGAGAAACGUGUCGAAUUCAAGCAAGAAUAG